CCUGCCGUGUGUUCCUGGGUGUGCCACGCAGCCUGCUUUGUGAACUACUUACCAAAGAGAAAAGUUGAGGGAUCUGAAAUACAAAUAUCGAGACCAGUCCAAUGCUAAUGCCAGCCACUGUCAUCCUGUCACCGGAGUGGGCACUGGCCCCACAGGCGGCAGAGAGCUCUGGAGCCCCGAGGGAUGUCCCAUUGGUUUCUAACUCUGGACAGAUCUCCUGGGCCCAGAAAGCAGUGCUGGAGGGAUCAAGACGGAGACCAUUGAGACUGUCUCCCACAGUUGGGGUGUCUUACUGACAUGCACACCGAGGCAGUGUAACUUGUGUGUGUAUGUGUGUGGGGGGAGACCAGGAUCUCUGCCAGUCCCUGCUUGUGUAUCACAAUCCCCAUUCCCACAGUGUCUGAUGCAGCCACUCCUGUCCAGAGAUCCAGCCUAGCUGGAGCUCCCGCCAUCUGGUCUAACAUGCCUUCCCAGGGCCCGGAGCUCAGCAGACGGGGGGUUAAGACAAAUGUCCUGUCCUAUCUCCUCCCCUUGCCUCUCUCACUUCAAAGUCUCCAUAAAGUCCAAGCUGCUGCUUCCUUGACCCCAUAGUGGCGGCUCCCACCACAGCUCUUGACUGGUUCAGAACAGCAGAUGCUCGGUCCCGGCGUGGCUGCGCACUCUCCACUUUCUAGCCUCUCCUAGGGACUGGGCUGAAACCUACGGAUCCCAGCUGUCGGCAUCGGGGUCCACAAUCAUGUCUGCUAACAAAGGCUGGUGGGUGCCACCUGAGGGCGAGGAGAGUGUUUCUGGAAAGUUCCUGAGGAAGACCAGGGAGUCUCCGCUGGUGCCUAUAGGCUUAGGAGGCUGCUUGCUGGUGGCAACUUACAGGAUUUAUCGGCUGAAGGCUCGGGGGUCCACCAAGAUGUCCAUACACCUGAUCCACACCCGAGUAGCAGCACAGGCCUGUGCCGUGGGUGCCAUUAUGCUAGGCGCUGUGUACACAAUGUACCGAGAUUACAGCAAGAGGACAGCACCGGAUGCUGGGGAGAAGUAGACUCACGGGGACCGGGGUAGUCAGACUUCUGCAGCAAUCCCUGUGUGCUCCUAAUAAAGAAGUCUUGUGGAAAA